AUGUCCACAGCUGGAAUUUCAGGGAUUCUGGGAUUGUUGCUCCAGCUGGAGGAAAACUUCUCCUCCUGCCUGGCCCGGAUCGACGCCCUCAUCCUCAAACCCCUGCUCCAGGCAGAGCCGCAGGAUCCAAAGGAAAAGGAGAACUUCCAGCUCUUUGUGCUCCUCAAUGAUCGCUUCCAAACCCUCUGGAAUUUCACGGAGGAGAAUUCCCGGAUCCUGAGGGGGAAAUCCCAGCUGGAAAAUUCCGGUUGUAUCCAGGAUUUUUACAUCCUCUGGAAAGGAGAGGUUUUCCUCAGCCUCUACAUCCAGUAUUUCGUCACCUUCGCCAACUUUGUUGUGGUCCAGGGCUUCGAGCAGGCCGCCAGGAGCAAGAGCGACGCCUGGAAGCUGCACAAGGCGGUGCUGAAGGAAUUCCUGCGGGAUUUCACCUCGGAGAGCUCCCUGGGCCUGGCCCUGCACCUGGUGCUCCACAAACCCUUCCGGGAGCACAUCCAGGGCUACCUGCAGCUCCUCUCACAGCUCCAGGAGCAGCUCCAGGAGGGCUCGGAGCGGGAUGUGGUGGCCAGUGUGGCGCAGGAAUUUGGGAAGCUGGAAUCCUUCAUCGGCCAGGUCCUGGAUGAGGCCGUCUUCACCAAGGAGCUCUGGAAAUCCCUGGGCUACAAAUUCACCGACGUGCUGUGUGUCCCUGAGAGGCGGCUCCUGGAGGACAGCAGGAACCUUCCCAUGGCGCCCGGCGCCGCCCGCUCCGAGCGGCUCCUGCUCUUCGAUGACGUCCUGGUGCUCAUCCAGGGAAACAGCUUCCAAAGUUUUGAUCUGAAGCUGGUGUGGGUGGAUGAAAACUGCGGAGAGAAAUCGGCUCCAGGACUGCACAGCCUACGCAUCACAACCCCGGAAGAGACGUUCAUCCUCUCCACCAAGGACCCUCAGAUGAAGGCCGUGUGGAGGUGGAAGCUGGAGCAGGCCGUGCGCCAGGCGCUGAACGGGAAGCGGGAUUUCCCUCUCUGGGGCCGCAGCGGGGAGGGCAGCGAGGCCCCGUCCCGCCGCUUCUUCACCUACGUCUUCCGCAUGGAGGGACGGCUCCGCGGGGCCACCUACGAGGGAGAGUGGCUCUGGGGGAAGCCCCACGGCAAGGGGACGCUGAAGUGGAGCGAUGGACGCAACUACGUCGGGGAUUUCCAGGAGGGCCUGGAGCACGGGUUUGGGAUCUGCCUGGUGCCGCGGCGCUCCGAGGAUCGCUAUGACUGCUACAAGUGCCACUGGCACCAGGGCAAGAUGAGGGGCUACGGAAUCUGUGAGUAUGGGAAUGACCUGGUCUACAAGGGCUACUUCAAGGACAACGUGCGCCAAGGCUUUGGGAUCCUGGAGAACUUCUCGGCUGAGCAUCCCUUCAAAUACACGGGACAGUGGGAAAACGACAAAAAGAACGGAUACGGAGUCUGGGAGGACAAGGAGAGAGGGGAGAGGUACAUCGGGAUGUGGUUGGAUGACCACAGACAUGGAGAAGGCAUCGUGGUGACCCAGUCAGGGCUCUGCUACCAGAGGACGUUCCAUGCGGACAAAAUGGUGGGCUCAGGAAUUUUGCUCCUGGAAGACGACUCCGUCUACGAAGGGAACUUCACGGAGGAGCUGACAUUUGUUGGAAAGGGGAAGCUGUCCCUGGCCAACGGCUUCGUGCUGCAGGGGACGUUCAGCUCGCGGGGCGGCCGCGGCCUCAGCACCCAGGGCGUGCUCAGCACGGCCCCCGAGCCCCACAGGCAGCCGGAUCCUGUGUUGUUUUCCAGCCAGCUGGGCCUCAAGGAAUUCCCAGUGGAGAAGAGAUGGACGGGAAUCUUCCAGCAAUUCUUGGAAUUCCUCCACUCUGGCUGCAAGGAGGAAAUGGAGGAAUCUUUCAUGGGAUUCCACAUCCAAACCAGCAAGGAGCUGAGGAAAUCCCAGGAAUAUCUGUUCUGCCAGAGAGGCUCUGAGGAGAUUUCCUGGAAAAUUGAGGAGAUCCUGGAAGAUCUCACCGAGCACCAGGAGCCGGAGUCGCUCCAGGGUUAUUUGGAGAAGGCGUUGGAAUCUUCCCUGCAUCCCUUGGGAAAGCUGCUCAGGGCUCUGGCCGUGGCGUUCCAGGCGACGUAUUCCGGGAUCGGCGCCAACCGGCACCUGCUGGCCAUGGCGCAGGAGGAGGUCAAGUUCUACUCCAAGAAAAUCUGGGAAUUCUACCAGGGCUUGCUCCGGGUGGCCCUGGAGCGGAAGGGCCGCGCGCCCUCGGAGGAUGCGGAUCCCAGUCUCGGGAAGGGCUCCAGGCUGGUGCUGCCCCUGAUCCUGCCCAGAUUCUAUCCCGAGCUCUCCAUGCUCUACAUGCUCCAGCACCAGCGGGAGGACGAGCUCUACUGCCAGGGAAUCGUGGAGCUCAGCCUCUUCCCGGAUAUCCAGCUCCUGGAAUUCCUGGAUGUGCAGAAGCACCUGUGGCCUCUCAAAGAUCUCACCCUGACCUCCAACCAGAGGCGCUCCCUGAUCAAGGAUAAAUGUUUCCUGUCUGCCACCGAGUGCCUGCAGAAGCUCAUCACCACGGUGGAUCCCAGGGAGAAGCUGGAGGUCCUGCGGCAGACCUACGAGGAGCUGGAGCUGACGGUGUCGCGGCUGCUGGGCGCCGGUUACCGCCUGCCCAUGGACGACCUCCUGCCGCUCCUCGUGUUCGUCGUGUCCCGAGCCAGGAUCCAACACCUGGGAGCUGAAAUCCACCUGAUCCGGGAUUUGAUGGAUCCGACCAACCAGGGAGGAAUGUUGGACUUCCUGCUGACAGCACUGGAGUCGUGCUAUGAACACAUCCAGAAGAUCCGGCUCCAUCCAAAGGAAAACUCCCACAGCUCCUGAUCCAUGGGGAAAAUCUGAAUUUUCCUGAAUUUUCCGGACCAAACCCCACUGGAAAAAGCGGGAAUUUUAUCCCUGGCUGCCUUCAAAGGGAAGAAUUCCUCCCCAGCCGAGGUUUUCCUGAUCCCAAAAACACUGGAAGGGCUGGAAUUUCCAUCUCCAAGGUUUUUUUUUUAUUUUUUUUGGAGUUUUAUCCCCUUUUCCUGCAAAUAAUUCCCAGGAAAAAUCUCCUUUCCCUGCUCAGGAUGGGGUUUGUCUUUUUGCACUGGAGAAUUCCCAGAAAAAGAAAGAAUUUCUUUGGGAAAACCCAAUUUUUAAUGGGAUUUCUUGGACUGGGAAGGAGAGCUCAUCCCAAAACUCCUAAAAAUUUCUGGAAUGAGAGGAGAUUUUUCCUGCCACUCCUUUUCCUACUUUUCCCAACUCAGGACUUUUCCAAUUCCAUUUGGAAGCUGCUAUUCCCAAAUUUCCUGCUUUUCCCAUGCUCCAAGAUUUUUAUUUGUCCUUGGGAGACCUCAGGGCUGAUCCCACACCUUGGAAUUCUGGAGGGCUUGGAAAAAACCACGGAUUUCUCCUGGAUUUUGGGCAAUUCCGGGAAAACAACCAGAAAUUCUGGAAUAAAAACUCCAAUCCCAGCUGGAUUUGUGCCCUGCCCACCCCAGAGGUGCUUUGUGCUCUGAGCUGGAAUUUCCCUUUGGAAAAAGAAUAUUUGGGAUAUUCCCAUGGGUAUUUGGGAUGCUGUUCCCGGCAUCCCAAAAUAAUUUAAAAAUAGCCCUAAAAAAAUCUUAUUUUUGACAGUUUUUAUCCCUUUUUUUUUUGUCA